GUUGGUUAGUCUACUUCCAGGAUGAGUGCUAUUUGGUUGUUACUACGUUAUGGGUCACAUAGUUUUGAUAUUAGAGUGGGAGACAUGGAAAAAUAUCGUUUGUUGAAGUUGUUUCUUGAUAUCUUUGAGGAAUCAGUUAAGCAAGAUGUUUUUUUGCCUAGUACCUUUAGCUUGUAUGUUGAGGGUCCUUGUGGUAAGGUUGAAUUGAAUGAUGAUAAGACUUUAAGGCUUCUGUGGGGAUGGAAUUGGGGUAAAGACACUGCUGAAAUUUGGGUUGAGGGAACAGAUAAACCAGGAUUGGUGUUUAGGAAUGCUGUUGCAACAAUUGAGAAUCAUAGAAAGGAAAAAGAGAGACAACUUAAGGAGAGACAAGAGGAACUGUUGAGGGCUCAAAGAGAGGAGGAAGAGGCAAUGAGGAAACAACAGGAAAGGGAGGACAUUUUGAGGGAAAUACAGGAACAAAUGGAGUACACUGUGGCUAUGGAGGUCCCUGUUGUUGAUUGUGAGGACAUGAAGGUUGAGUAUGUGAGAGUCAUUAGCAAAGAUGAUGCUGAUGAGGUGUUUCCAGGUUGCUCUCAACCACAACAAACACAAGAAUCCCCAAAGAAACAACCCACCCCACCCAAACACACAAAUCAUGUUGCUUCUAAGUCAAAAGGCAAGGAUAAGCCUGCUUCUAAGAAACUAACCCCCAAAAGGAGGGCAUCAGCUAAACAACCCACCCCACAGAAAAAACCCACCCCACCUAAACAACCCACCAAACAACCUACACCACCACCCCCACCACCCCCACCACAGAAAGAACCCACCCAACCAAAACAACAACAACACACACCACCACCAGAACAUCCCACCUCUCCACCACAACAACAACAACACACACCACCACCAGAACAUCCCACCUCUCCACCACAACAUCACACCCCUCCACCACCACCACAAAAUCCCACUCCACCACAGAACAACCAAACUGAUGAGCCUAACAAUCAAGCACCACCUGAUCAAGCUCAGCCAGUGAAAAAGAAGGGGGGCAGAGCUAGACCUGAGGGGUUUAGGGUUAACAAAGUCACUGCUAAGAAGGCUGGAACUUGGGUUUCCAAGGGAAAGGGAAAAGGUGAGGAUUCUGAUUAUGAGGAAUCAGAUUCUGAACAAGAGGAUGUUCUGAAUGAUUGGAUUGAUUCUGAUGUUGAUGAUGAGGUGAUUCCUGAUGAUAUUCCUGAUUUGGGGUUUGAGGAUUGUCUAAAUGUGUUGAGAAGUUACUGCAUACAGGAGGGGUUUGGGCUUAGUGUUGAGAGGGCUGACAAUAGGAGGUACACAGCAGUGUGUGCAGUGGAGUCAUGUGACUGGAGGAUACAUGCCAGUAGGUUGUUUGACAAUGUUAGCUGGGCCAUUAAGGUGAUCAGUGGGUCCCACAGAACUUGUGGGAGGCUUGAGGAGAAUCCAGUGGUGACCUCUGAGUGGUUGUGUAAGCAUAUGUUGGGGGAAAUAGAGGCAAAUCCAGAGAUUCCAGUGGAGACAUUGAGGAGGUAUGCACAGGAGAAGUUUCAGUUGAGGGUGAAAAAGAGGCUAUUGUACAAGAUAUGCUGA